AUGAUCUGGGCGAAUAAAAUGACGCUCUGGGUAAUGACAGGUCUGUUGGCUGUCACAACUGUCUUCUUUAAUGUUUAUAUCUUCUUGACGAGUCUAUUCACCUAUAAGCAGACAAAAAAGUGGUGUCCCAGUGAAAUCAUCAUGGUGGCUCUGUCUGUAGCCAGCGUGGCUCACCAGCUGGUCACUUACUUAUGGAUGACCAUGGAUGAGGUGGACAGUAAGUGUCGCAUCGCUCAGACGUUGUACACGGUCAUGCUACUGAUUAUCUUCAGCCUCAAGUUCACCAUCACGUGGGACACCAGCUUUCUCACCUUCUACUACAGCACCAAACUGGUGAGCACACCCAAUCACUGCUACACACAGAUCCAGACCGCCAUCCUCAAGCAUGUGACGUUAGCAGUUUUUCUCAUCCCUCUGUGCGGCCUGGGCACCUGCAUGCCGAUGCUUGCGGUGUUUCGAGCUCAUAAUGACUCUGAAGUGUACAGAGACUGUGGCAUUCUGUUGCCCGACACCCACUCUGGCCAGAUUUAUGAAAUCAUUUAUCUUCUCCUCACUGAUGUACUGCCAGGGGUGAUCAUGGUGAAAUGCUGCAUCUCCAUUUCAGUCCACCUGGCCAUCCAUCUCCGCCACAUGAAAGCCAACACCAACGGAGCCCACCACCCAAAACUGGGCUCUCAGAUGAGGGUGAUCAAGAUGGCUUUAUCUCUAGUGGCCAUCUUCACUCUCUUCCUUGUGGUCGACCUGUACGUGAACUACGAAAUAGCUGUGAACCACCAGAACGUCAUUGUGCUCACAUUCUUCUUCACGUCCGUCUACACGACUGUCACCGCCAUGGUGCUGAUCUAUGGGAAAAAGACUCUCUGGAAAGCUCUGAUACAUGAUUUCAAUGUCGGCCUGGGUGAAUAUCCCUGUUUGUCUUGUCUGAAGGUUCCUGAACAAAAAGCUAAACCCAGCACUCCUGCAAAAGUAAAAAAGUGAAAAGCCAAUUUGCUU